AUGCGCUUUAGAUUGGGUAAUCGGUUUUACGUCCUCUGCGGAGUGGCGGCAUGCUCUAUGCUCUACUCCGCCUGGUUUCUGAGCACACGCACCCUCAACGACCUCGUGUCGCUAUCCUCUCACUUUGAGACCGCUAAAACAUUCGAUCGGCGCCUGGUAGUGUUCGGCGACUCCUGGAGUGACAACAAGACCAACGCUCCAGAGGGCCCGAUAUGGACUGAUUGGCUUUGUUCGAUGUUUUCAUGCCACCAAGAGAACCUCGCCGCAUCAAUGACCUCACUCACCGGCAAGGAAACUGGCGCCGUGAUCGAUAAUAAAGAGCUAGGCCUGGUAGGCCGUCUGUCUCAAAUGCAGGUGGCUGGUUUCGACUUUAAGACCCAACUCGAGAAAUGGCUAGUUGCAGAGAAACAGACCUUGUACGGGCUGUCGGAGGAGGACCUCUGGAGUCGCCAACAGCGCACCAUCUUCGCUGUCUCGUUUGGUGUCUGGGACAUAUGGGACCUCGUGCAGAAGGACUACGACACAGCAGUAGCCUCCAUCGACCGCCGCAUGGAGUCGCUUCUCGGCCAGCUGAACCAGCUUUCUGACCGCUGGGGCUCUUCUGACAUUAAGCUUAUCCUCACGCAGACGGUUGAUGUGACCUUCCUCCCGGCCUUCGAGCCCACGUUCUCCACCUCGGGGACCGAGUACAAGGAAAGCGUGAAGAUCAUCGCUCAUUGGAACGCGAAGAUGCGGGAGACACUCGCAUCGUGGGACCGGGCACGUGGGCUGGGCGCGAAUACGGACCCGGGCUGGGAGAACGUGGCUGAUGGGUGCGUCGAAUCCAUGGGAUUUCAAGUCAUGAUGUCAAAGGGAGCAGGGGAGAAGGCACGGUGUGAGCACCCAGACAAGUAUCUCUUCUGGGACGGAAUGACGCUGGGUCCAUCUGUGCAUCGGCUCAUGGGCACCGAAAUCUACCAGGGAAUCAGCGAGGCUUUUUUGAACCAGACCCCCGCCGGGGAAAGGGAAUCUCAGACCGAGAAACGCCACAGCCGGGGGUCUGCAGCUUAG